AUGAAGUUCUUCUCCGAAAAGAUGCCGGGAGCACAAUCCAGGAACACCGACAGUACCGACGCGGAAUAUAUCUCUAAUGAAAACAUCCAAGUUGUUGGCUACGAUGCGAACCUUGAGUACGACACUUCGGAAGAGCGCAGGGCCAGACUCAAGGUGGAUCUAAUCAUUCUCCCAUUCAUUGUUCUACUCUUCUGCUUCCUCCAAUUCGAUCGAACCAACGUCGGCAAUGCUCUCACAGAUACCCUGCGCGAAGACCUCGGUGGUCUUACCAAUUACCAUAUCAACCUUGCCCAAACCAUGUUCAUUGUCGGUUUCGUCAUCACCGAACUGCCGUUCAACAUGAUCAGCAAAGUCAUGGGCCCCGAGCGAUUCUUGCCCAUCACCAUGUUCCUAUGGGGUAUUGCAACCUGGGGACAAAUCUUUAUGAAGAACGGUCAGAGUCUUGUCGCUGCCCGUUUCUUCAUCGGUGCUUUGGAGGGUGGUUACGUCCCCGGUAUGGCUCUGUAUAUUUCCAAAUUCUACACCAACGGCGAACUUGGUCUUCGAUACGCCAUCUUCUGGGCAUCCAACUCGAUCGCAGGAUCUCUCGGUGGUCCACUCUCGAUCGGCCUGUUGUCUCUUCGUGGUAAACACGGCCUUGCAGGAUGGCAAUGGCUGUUCCUCAUUGAGGGUGUCUUGACCUGCUUUCUCGCAGUCGUUGCCUACUUCUACCUCCCUCACAGCGCCGCUCGACCAAAGGUUUUCUUCGGCAGGUCUUAUAACAUGUUCACAGCUCGCGAGGGGUCGGUGCUCAUCACUCGUGUCAUUCGGAAUGACCCCACCAAAUCUCAAAGACAGGGAAAGCCAGUGUUGCUAUCACAUAUCCUCGAAACCUUUGGCGACUGGCGUCUAUACGGCCAUCUGAUCGGUGCUUUCCUCUCUAUGGUGAUGAUCUCGCCGAUGAACACCUAUGCCCCCUCCAUCAUCAAGUCUCUCGGCUUCAGUGGUCUGCAGGCCAAUGGACUCAAUUCAGUUGGCAGCGUCUGCUGUCUUGUCUGGUCCGUUUCACUGGCAUACAGCAGUGACAAAUUUCGCGAGCGAGGAUUCCAUAUCACCGCAGGCUACCUUUUGGGUGGAGUCGGUCUUCUCUGGCUCGCACUGGCACCAAAUAGUGUUGGGAGAUGGGUUCUUUAUGGAGGUGUGGUUGUCACACAAGCCGGUAUGGGAUCCGCUCAAGCACUCAACGCCGCAUGGCUCGCGUCCAAGAUGCAUGACUACAAGCGACCCGUAGCCCUAGCAGGCUAUGUGAUGAGCAUCCAAUGUGCAGGAUUUGCAGGACAACAGCUCUUCCGACAACAAGAUGCCCCUCGCUACCAACGAGGUCUCAUUAUUGCCGCGUCAUGCGUCAUUGCUGGCGCUGCAGUCAUUCUCGUCCAGAAGCUUCUAUACCGUCUAUUCGACCACGGUGAUGCAGGUGUCGAGGCUAAAAGGAUGGAUGCUUAG